CCUCCAUACUAGGUCCGCAAGAGACUACCAUGUCAGGUAUUAUAAGAGCUAAACAGUUAGACCCACCAUGAGUUCAUCCACCGUCCCCCUCAUCAUCGAUAAUCAAGAUGUCCAGACCGCGUCAGCCUUUGAAGUGAGAAACCCGCGAACUGGAGCAUUAGUCCACCAUGCUAGCAGUGCGUCUGUCAUUGAGGCUGAAAAAGCUGUUAAAUCGGCCCAAUCUGCCUUUGUCUCAUGGUCCAAGUCGAAGCCAGCCGUUCGACGAGCGGUGCUCUUGCGGGUGGCCGAGCUCCUUGAGCACCGCCGUGAAGAACUUUUAGGUUACGUGAUCGAAGAGACGAGUGUAGAGAGGCAGUUCGCUGAUUUCGGUAUUACGGCCGGAAUCAAUUUGGUCACCGAUGUCGCGGGGAAGGUUUCAGGUAUCAAUGGAUACUCGCCAAUGCUGGCCGGGGAUGCCACUGCCAUUGUCUACAAGGAGCCGUAUGGCGUGAUGCUGGGGAUCGCGCCAUGGAACGCUCCCUUCAUCCUUGGAGUACGCAAAGCGGCGCUGGCGGUGGCGGCCGGUAAUACCAUGAUUCUGAAAGGUGCCGAGCUUGCUCCCAAGUCUUAUUGGGCUAUUGGGGACGUGUUUCGUCAGGCUGGCCUUCCGGCCGGUUGUGUGAAUGUCCUCGUCCACUGCACUAAGGAUGCGGCAAAAGUCACGACGGCGCUCAUUGCUGCGCCAGAGAUUCAGAAAAUUUGUUUUACCGGCAGUACCGCCGUUGGGCGUAUUAUCGCCGCGACAGCAGGCGAAAAUUUGAAACCUGUGGUCCUUGAGCUGGGCGGAAAAGGAAGCUGCAUAGUAUUGGAUGAUGCAAACUUAGAGAAAGCAGCGGUUGCCUGCACAUUAGGUGCAUUCAUGCAUGCCGGACAAGUAUGCAUGUCGACCGAGCGCAUCAUUGUGCAUCGCAAUGUGAUUGCCGAUUUCCGCACUGCCUUGAGAUCCUUUAUCAACGCAAUCUACGGCGACGAUAAACCAGCACCCGCACUUAUCAGUCCGGUCCCUGUGGAAAAGAACAAGAGCCUGGUCAAGGAUGCUGUAGCCAAGGGUGCAACAAUCCUAACUGGUACUCUUGAUGCGCCGGUGGAUUCGAAAACAGGCAUGCGGCCAAUUGUCGUUGAAGGGGUCACCGUGAGCAUGGACAUGUAUUAUAGCGAAUCUUUCGGCCCAACGGUAUCCUUGUUCGUGGUUGACAGUGACUCGGAAGCUUUGCAAUUGGCAAAUGACACCGAUUAUGGCCUCAGCACAUCAAUUUUCACGGAGAACCUGGGACGUGGGCUAAGCAUCGCCCGUGAGCUUGAUACAGGCGCAGUUCACAUCAAUUCAAUGACAAUACACGACGAGCCCGUUCUGCCCCAUGGUGGAGUGAAAUCGAGCGGUUAUGGUCGAUUUGGAGGCGCUGACGGUCUAGACGAGUUUCUGAAGACGAAGUCUGUUACUUGGAUGAAUUAAUCCAACGUAUUUCUUCACUUUCAUAGAAGUAAAUCAAUGAGAACUAAAGCCUUACUUGAGCCCAUUUCAAAAUGGUUAUUU